AUGCAAGAAGAAAAUGGGAAGGAAACAACGCUUUCUGGUGAUGAAGCUAAAGACUUCCAUAAGUCUCUAGAUGAGUUUGACGACAAGUGUACUUGCAAGCUUCUGAAGGAAAUGAAAGAGAUAUUGGAGAAAAUGAAGAAAAGACAUUCCAAUCCUAUCGAUUUAAAUGAAUUCUAUCGUCUAUUUGAGAGAUAUCUCAGAACUAGAAGCGAAAAGAUAGUAUGGGAAGACAUUAAAUCUCCAAAGGACAAGAUUAUUCAGUAUAGCGAUAUACCCGAUCCAAGUGAAAAAUCAAAGGAGUUGGUGAAGAAGCUGGCAGUGCUGAAGCUUAACGGAGGGUUGGGAACAACAAUGGGAUGCAAUGGGCCAAAAAGUGCCAUAACAAUUAAGGAUGGAAAGAAUUUCAUAGAUCUAGUUGUGAAGCAGAUGAGAUAUUUGAACACCAAGUAUGACAUUGAAGUUCCGUUGAUACUGAUGAAUUCGUUCAAUACUGAGUGCAUGACAGAAAAGAUUGUAUUCCGAUAUGAUGGAAUCAGGAAGUUCUCACAAAGUAAAUUCCCUAGGAUUUCAUCGGAAACACUACUUCCUGUAUCGUCUUCAUACGGAGAUAAAGGAAUGUACCCGCCCGGACAUGGAGAUUUAUUCUACUCAUUGAAAAACAGUGGAAUGCUUGAAGAACUGCUAAAUGAAGGAUAUGAAUAUCUUUUUGUGUCUAACAUUGACAACCUAGCUUCCACAGUCGAUCUAAAGCUACUGGAAUACUUCGCCACUAAUAACUUAGGAUUUCUUAUGGAGGUUACUGAUAAAACACGUGCCGAUGUCAAGGGGGGAACUCUUAUAGAGUAUAAAGGAGCACUGAGACUCCUUGAGAUAGCUCAAGUUCCAUCGAACAAGAAGUCUGAGUUUACCAACUUCAGGAAGUUUACAAUAUUCAACACGAACAAUAUUUGGAUCAACUUGAAGGACAUGAAGAAGAAGUUAGAAGAAGGAUUUUUUGAUCUAGAUAUCAUCGAGAAUAAAAAGACUUUAGGUAAGGAAACGGUUAUCCAACUAGAAACAGCCAUAGGAUCUGCAAUCAAGUACUUUCCAAAUUCCUGCGGAAUAGUGGUUCCCCGGUCUAGAUUUCUUCCUGUGAAGACUUGCUCCGACCUAUUUCUUGUUGAGAGCAAUUUGUUUGUCGAGAAGAAUGGUACUCUACAACUUCAUCCAUCGAGAGUCCCAAGAGCAUGCCCUGUGGUUAAGCUAGAGGGAGAGAACUUUUCGAAGAUAGAGAGUUAUGAAAAAUGCUUUAAAGGGAUCCCUGACAUUCUUGAGCUGGAUCACUUGACGGUUAGUGGGAAUAUCACAUUUGGAAAGAAUGUAGUUCUUAAAGGAACAAUCAUCGUAUUAGUGGACGAGAAAAAGGAAAUUUAUGUCCCCGAUGGAUCAGUGCUAGAAGACGAGAUCCUACAUGGUCAUCUCCCCAGGAGAGAACUAUAG